AUGACCAACCCACCAGCCAAUGCGUUCCCCUCGGGAACAAGACUCACUGUAGGCUCCCAUCAAGUGUCCAUCCUCAAAUACAUCUCGCAAGGUGGUUUUGCGUACGUCUACACUUGCACCAUAGAUCCACCAUUCAGAGGCAGCACCAUUGCUUGUCUCAAACGAGUGGUGGUCCCCAAUAAGACAGAACUCACUCUUCUCCGACAAGAAGUCGAUGCCAUGAAGCGGUUGCGGGGCAAUGUCCACAUUGUAUCCUACAUUGACUCUCACGCUGCCAGACUCCCCAUGCAAAGUCCCGAUCAAACACAGCAGUACGAGGUCCUUCUUCUCAUGGAGUACUGUUCCGGUCUGGGGCUUAUAGAUUUUAUGAAUACGCGCUUGACCCAGCGACUCUCUGAGCCAGAGGUUCUCAGUAUAAUGGGCCAGAUUACCACUGCUGUAGCUAUGUGUCACCACUUGGAACCUCCUCUCAUACAUCGUGACAUCAAAAUCGAGAACGUAUUGAUUGAUGAUAAAGGUACAUAUAAACUUUGUGAUUUCGGAUCUGCUGUUGGCUACUGCAAGGUACCGACCAACCAACAAGAAUUGCAGAGUUUACAUCUGGAUAUUAUGCAGCACACCACACCACAAUACAGAGCACCCGAAAUGAUCGACUUAUCGCGUGCAUUUCCUGUGGAUGACAAAUCUGAUGUCUGGGCCUUGGGCAUAUUCUUGUACAAAUUGUGCUACUUUACUACUCCAUUUGAGCUGCAUAACCAACGCAAUCUUCAGGAUCUUGAGCAUCUGAUCCUUUCAUGCCUGACAAGAUUAAGAUUUCCUGCUUCACCAAGAUACUCCUCCCGCCUACAGAAUGUGAUUGGCUGUUGCUUGAGAGAGGACCCCCGCCGCAGACCAAAUGCCCUUCAGUUAUUGCAAGAGGUGUGUCAGAUGCAGAACAUCAAUGCUAUCCCUGACGUUAUUCCAUACUCUGUCAAGGUGCAUCAUUUGGCCAUGGAAGGCCUUGCAAAUCCUCCAAGCCACGGUUUGACUCCAAGCAAGCUGGAGGAAGACAAGUUACAACGCAAGACUCCACUGAAGAUGGAAAACCAAGGGGAGGUCUUCUCCAAAAUUGACAAGUCUAAACUUCUUAAAAUCCGGUCAAACCCUAAUCCGAAACCUAGACCAAAAUCGGAGCUAUAUCCAGCCACAGGUCGGACGAGCUUUUCCUCUACUUCUCUUCACGAUAUGGUCAAACAACAAGUUAACGCAACCAGUCAGGAAGUUUCAAACAUGCGCAAGUAUGAUGAUCGUGGUCAGGAUACCAUUGAGUUUUUGCGUGGGAAAGAGGAAGCUGGGUUAUCAUCGAACCAAAACACAGGAGGGUCAUUCAAGGCCUCGAUCAGAAACGGAUUACGCCAUUUCAGCACCGGAGGUUCGGUAAAGUCGCAAAGAAGUGGAACUUAUGUCUCUAUUCAUCAAAAUGAGAAAGAAAAGCAGCCUGACGAAAGCCGGGCGCAAUUGCUGGAAGAACCCAAACGUCGCUCCUCGAUUCAAAGAAGAGUCCAGCAACUUCUUCACAAUAAAGAUAAGAAGCCGGCAAAAACCGCUUCUGGUUAUGGUAAAUACACUGAUCAGGAUGAUAUUUCCGCUAUUAACCAUUUUGAAACUACAAAUAGUGGAGUGUCAACUCCAUUGUCACCAUCAGAGCCAAAGCAUCCCGCCAAGUUUGAAUUCGAAAGAAAAGUGGAUUCUUCAGUCAAGAGCGAAUUAACAAAUUCGCUGACUAAGAAGGCAAUUCAGAAUCCUAAGAUUAGAGCUGCUCCAAAAAGAUCAGAUUCUCACCCACCCCCAUGCCCUCCUGGAAUCAAGUAUAGAUUACCUAAAGAGCAGUUUGAAGAGAAUAAGAGCCAUUCGACUAAGGCACAAGAGCCUCUCAAAGCCAAACAAGACAAAAAGCGCCCACCACCAAAACCUUCUAAACCUCAACACCUUAAGGUUGACGAGACUAGAAAUGUCAGCAACUCAAGUGAUUUAUUCAUGCCGGACUUGGAUGAUCUCGAGAAGCUGUUCAGCAGACGAUACCCCAGCUAUGUUUAG